AUGGCCUGCUCCGACCUCUGCCGCCCCUGCGGACCCACCCCGCUGGCUAACAGCUGCAACGAGCCCUGUGUCAGGCAGUGCGAGGACUCCCGCGUCGUCAUCCAGCCUUCCACCGUGGUGGUCACCCUGCCAGGACCCAUCCUCAGCUCCUUCCCCCAGAGCACCGCCGUCGGAUCCUCCUCAUCGGCUGCCGUGGGCAACAUCCUCAGCUCCCAGGGAGUGCCCGUCUCCUCCGGAGGCUUCGGCUUCGGCUACGGCUACGGCUUGGGCGGCCUGGGCUGCUUCGGCUUCGGCUUCGGCUACGGCUACGGCUUGGGCGGCCUGGGCUGCUUCGGCGCCAGAAGAGGCUGCUACCCCUGCUAAGGGCCCUCACCACCACCCCUGACACCAACCACCCACACCCUGCAAGCCACGGCAUCGAUUGAGGACGCAGCUCCGGGCUGUUGCUGGCACAUGGGCUCACCCUCCAUGGCUCCUCCUCUC